CUGAGCUUGGGGGCUGGAGCAUGGGAUCACAGAAGACAUUCACUGCUCGACCUGGGAUUCAGAAUAUGUUACAAGAACAGGGUAAAAACCCACUUGCUGCAACUAGAGGACAUGAAGAAAGAAAACUAGUAGCCAAGGCUACUCCAAGUUGAGUUUCCUGAUCACUGACCCCAGACUCUUUAAAUUCGUCCAGCAGGAGACAUCAGUGGUCACUCGGUGGGACGUGGAGAAGAGCCAUGGAUUACUACAGAAAAUAUGCAGCUGUCAUUCUGGCCACAUUGUCUGUGUUUCUGCAAAUUCUCUAUUCCUUUCCUGAUGGAGAGUUUACAAUGCAGGGCUGCCCAGAAUGCAAGCUAAAGGAAAACAAAUACUUCUCCAAGUUGGGUGCCCCAAUCUAUCAAUGCAUGGGCUGCUGCUUCUCCAGAGCAUACCCCACUCCAGCGAGGUCCAAGAAGACAAUGUUGGUCCCAAAGAACAUCACCUCAGAAGCCACAUGCUGUGUGGCCAAAGCAUUUACCAAGGCUACAGUGAUGGGAAAUGCCAGAGUGGAGAAUCACACUGAGUGCCACUGCAGUACUUGUUAUUAUCACAAAUCUUAAAGAGUUUGCAAAGGGCCGUGUUGAUGACUGCUGAUUUCCUGGAGUGGAACAUUAAUUUGUUCAGUGUUUAUGACUUUGCAAGAUAAAACCCUCCUUUUCCUGACCGUACCAUGUUUUACACGCUUUAAGAAUAUACUGCAGCUUUAUUGCCUUUCUCUUUAUCCUACAGUAUAAUCGGCAGUCUUGUUCUUUUCAUUUGGAAUGAAAUACAGCAUUUAGCAUGACCAUAAAAAGCUGGUUCCGCUAGAAAUAAAGUCUUUUAAAUCAUCA